GCAGGGGGCCGCUGGUGUUACAGCGGUAGCGGCGGCCGCGGCGGGACGCGUGGGUGAGGCAGCUCCUCGGUGAAAGAAAAAUCAAUAAUGUCGGUACUCAACUGGAAGACCUUUAUUUAUGGAGGUGUAGCAUCAAUCACUGCAGAAUGUGGUACUUUCCCCAUUGAUCUGACCAAAACACGUCUGCAAGUUCAGGGUCAAGCUAAUGAUGCCAAAUACAAAGAAAUCCGCUACCGUGGAAUGACACACGCGCUGGUCAGGAUAUGCAGAGAAGAAGGAUUGAAAGCUUUAUACUCUGGGAUUGCACCUGCAAUGCUACGACAAGCUUCAUAUGGAACUAUAAAAAUAGGCACUUACCAGAGCUUAAAAAGAAUGUUUGUUGAGCAUCCAGAAGAUGAAACCCUGAUGAUAAAUGUUCUAUGUGGUGUUCUUUCGGGAGUAAUCUCAUCAUGUAUUGCCAACCCUACAGAUGUCUUAAAGAUCAGAAUGCAAGCCCAAGGUAGUGUGAUUCAAGGAGGAAUGAUGGGCAACUUCAUACAUAUCUACCAAAAGGAAGGCACUAAAGGAUUAUGGAAGGGAGUAUCAUUGACAGCCCAGAGAGCUGCUGUUGUUGUUGGUGUGGAACUACCAGUGUAUGACAUUACCAAGAAGCACAUAAUCAUGUCUGGAUUUAUGGGAGAUACAGUAUAUACUCACUUCCUCUCAAGUUUUACUUGUGGGUUAGCUGGAGCCCUUGCAUCUAACCCAAUUGAUGUUGUGAGAACACGCAUGAUGAAUCAGAGAAGCCAACAACAUGGAGGACAUUCAAGCUACAAGGGUACUUUGGAUUGCAUCUUACAAAUGUGGAAGAACGAAGGGUUUUUUGCUCUCUAUAAAGGAUUUUGGCCAAACUGGUUAAGACUCGGUCCUUGGAAUAUCAUUUUCUUUCUGACAUAUGAGCAGCUGAAGAAAUUGGACUUGUGAUAUGCCAAACGGUAGACUGAAUUCUGUUUGUGUACAGCUUGAGUUUAGGGCAACUUGCAAGUUAUCCUGAGUAUUUGCUCAUUGAUGUCUGAGAUGCUGGCCAAAAGAAGAGCUUGUCACGAGACUGUUGCGAACGAAUACAACCUGCAAGUGACUUUGAGGCAAACUGGCUCCUGUAGCAGUGGAUUGCUGGCCUGAUGUAGAGGAUAUGCGCUGGUGGAAUAGUGGAACAAGGUGGAAUAGUGUCUGUCAACUGUUGAAGUCUUCUUGACUGUGAAAAUGUGUGAUGCAGUGUCCUGCUGUUAAGACUCAGAUGCACAGUGUUUAUAAAGAACAAUCUUUCCUUGGCAGUACCAAGGAGGUGGGCUUUUCUGGUUUUCAGAAGUGUAUAUGAUUUGACUGUUAUAGUUUGUUUUCUAAUUAACUGGAAGUGUCACAAGACAUCUUUGCAGGCUUUCAGUUCAGCAAAGCACCUGCUGCAAUGCAAAAUCUGCUUCUGGUUUUAGAGCUUUCUUGUGUUUCAAGUCCUUAGAUGUUGGCAUGGCUUGCUGGGAAUUAUCCAGCUUCAUUUGAAAACGCGGUCACUACAGUUGUCAGUUCUGCAUAGCUUGAGGAAAGGCUUUCCUCCCCACACCGCUCCCAAGUGUAUCAUUCUUAGUUUUUCAGCAUAAGUGAUUCCUCAACAUAUUCAUAUGUAAAUUGAAUGAAGUUCAAAUGAGUCCAUGCUCAUCUGCCUCUCUUGCAGAGAAGCUUUCUUUGCUUCUUCUGUUGCUGGGAAGAACUCCUUGUAGUGGUUACUGGCUGUUUCAGGGCAUGUGAAAUGCACAGGUUUUACAUGGAACAGUCCAGGCUAUGUUGUGCAGGUGCUGAUGUGAAAGAACCAACCCCCUUCAAAGGUAAGUCUGCCCUAAAUAUGCCUUUCCCUCUUCAAAGACAUGCCAAACCCAGAACAACUGAGCACUUCAUACAGCAAACAGUCCUAGGUGCCUGCAACGUCCAAGCAAGCACUUCAUGUAGAAAUUACACACGCUUCCUUAAAGCAUUGCCUUUUGUUUUUAGUGUGUAUCAAAACUCCAGGGGCAUUAACUAAACAGUUAUGUUAAGGUUCUUAUGAAAAGCUGCUGUGGAAAUCCAGGGCAGGAAAUGUGUGAGAGGCAAGUCGUAUGGUGAUCCUUCAGUGUUCACAGAGGGUAGCAAAGCAGGAUGCAUAGCUCUGCAAUUUUUGUGCCACUGUGUUAAUCAAAUAUUUAUGCUUGAUCAUGCAUUCCAUUUAAAUGGCAAUUUCCAAAUCAUCAUAAUCACUUAAAAUCGCCACUUUUGAAUUCACAGCUGGAUUUUUAAACGCACAAGGCACUUUCUUUCCUACAGCACAAUG